CUUUAUCCGUCUGGCUUUGCUCUGUUGUGGAAGCCAUUUUGGGAUUUUCCUAGUAGUAAUAGCGAGUCAAGCUUGUAACUUUUGUCUGUUCCCACGAAUACCGCGGAAUUCGGAUCUGGUGUUGGGUUACACAGUUGUUUGUUUUUAUUUUUAUACAUCUGCCGUCGAGAUGCGGCGCAGAUUGUGCGCAUCCUUGAAGUGGAUUGUCAUUUCUGAACUGGACUAUCUUCAAAACAACAAGAGAUUAUAGAAACUGAUGGUCAAACUGACGAGAAAAAGAGGUGGAAAAGAUUUUCUCUGGAUGUUCAGCCUGUCUCUUGGAUACUGGAGAGUGGUUUUCUGGAUCUCCUCUGGUUUUGAGAAUGUCAGGACGUGCGUUUAGAGGAAAGCGUGGUCAGCAAAUUACCAUGGAUUUUUCCCGUCUGCACACGUACACUCCUCCUCACUGUACUCCGGAUAACACGGGAUAUACCUAUUCACUCAGCUCGAGUUACUCAUCUGCAGCCCUUGAGUUUGAGAAGGAGCACCAAAUCAAUCCCGUGUACGACUCGCCCAGAAUGUCUCGCCGUAGUUUGAGACUACAGACCAGCAGUGGUUUGUAUGGUGACAGCAGCUUCGCUGAGCUCACAAGCAAUCACAAUGUCGGCUCCUAUAAGCAGACCAGCACUAGCACCAGCACCGCCAGCAGCAGCAGCGUCAGCAGGUCUGUGCGGAGCAGGAGGCAGCAGCAGGGAUCAACCGUGUAUGAGUCUCAAAGUAUGUCUCAGAGCAUGACUCAGACUCCUCAGAAAGAGCAGACCCUGUCAGACCUGAGUUUCACCAGUACAGCUAGUGAUGCAUCUCUGAUCUCCAGCCUUCUGGAUCAGUCCACGCUCAGACAGAGCUCAACGACACACACAUACUCUGCACGGAGAAGAAGAACCGCUCACAGCUCUCUGUUGGAGAAUGGAGACGUCAGUAAAACAGAGGCACACGCUAAUCUGGCUAACGGCUAUAUUUGUAAGAACUGCUCGUUCCACGCAGACGAGAAGGAGGACGAAAUGGCUUACUCGACAGUGCCGUACUCGACAUCUGUGUCUUCGGCGUAUCAGACAGCUGCAGACGCCACUAUAACCACUUCUUUGAACAGUGUUGACAAAACAGCUCAUGACAGCUACUGUGGCAGUGUGAACGUGCGAGAUCUGGUGACCACAGACAGCCAUCUCAAUCUCAACGGCUCACUCUGUGAUGACUGUAAAGGAAAACAACACAUGGAAAUGCACACGGAGCAUAAACGCUAUUCCUACACCCACCAUGUAUACGCAGCCUUGUGGGCCCUUGUUUCUUACACAGGUUACGGGCUUCUGCGGGUUUGCCGAGGUUUCGGCUCAGCCGGUGCGUUUGUGACUCGGAAGCUGAAAUCCGUUCUGUGGUUGGCAGUGUGUUCUCCAGGGAAAGCAGCGACUGGCGCCUUCUGGUGGCUGGGAACGGGAUGGUAUCAGCUGGUAGCACUUAUGUCUCUGAUCAACGUCUUUCUUCUCACCAGGUGUCUGCCCAAACUACUGAAGCUUCUUCUCUUUCUACUACCAUUACUGCUGCUGUUCGGAUUGUGGUACCUCGGUCCGCCCAUCGCUCUGUCCUUCCUUCCAGCUGUAAACCUCACAGAGUGGAAAACAGCAGUCACCUCUUUCGCCUCACUUCCUUCACUCCCUUCUCUCCCGUCUCUUCCCUCUUUACCCACGUUACCUUCUUUCACAAAAGAACCACUGGUUGAAAAACAACACAUCCCAUCCCCGGUCAUCUCACAGUCUGCAUCAGAGUCCAUUAGCGAUGAGCGUUUGGCUCUGUUGGAGCAGCGUGUGGCGGCGCUGUGGGAAAGCAUCCAGAAGGGGGAGCUGAAAGCCAAGGAGCAGCAUGAGGAGGCCGUGGGUUUGGUUCAGGACCUUCAGAAGCAGAUAAACACACAAACCGACAGAGAGAGUCUCAGCCUGUGGGUCACUCAGCUCUUCGAGCCCAAAUUCACUGCACUCAAGGGAGAGAUGGAGAGAGUAGCUGUCAGCAGGGUGGAGACUGAGGAACAGCGUGUGCAGCAUCAGACGAGUCUUGAAGCUCGACUAGCCGAGCUAGAACUCCUACUGAAGAGCCUGAACUCAAGAACUGAGGAAAUUCAUCUAACACAACAGACUCCAGUACAGGCUCCUGUCAGUGCUGGAGUUUCUCAGGAGAAGCAUGAUGCUUUGCUCUUGGAGGUUCAGAGGUUGGAAGCCGAGCUGGGCCGCAUCAGAGGAGACCUGCAAGGGGUGAUGGGAUGCAAAGGGAAAUGCGACCGACUCGACACCAUACAUGAAACCGUGUCAGCACAGGUAAAAGAGCAGUUGUAUGCGCUGUUGUACGGUCGUGACAGAGGUGAAGCAGAGAUUCCCGAGCCCCUGCUGCCAUGGCUGGCAUCUCAGUACACGCGCUCCUCUGACCUCACCGCGACCCUUUUGACCCUGGAGCGCAGCAUUCUGGGAAAUCUGUCUCUGCAGCUGCAGGAGAGCAAACAGCAACAGUUCACAGCUGAAACAGUUACUCAGACCGUCGCCCACACCGCCGGUGCUGCUGGGAUGUCAGAGGAGCAAGUCCAGCUGAUCGUCCAGCGUGCGCUGAAGCUGUACUCUGAGGAUCGCACUGGACAGGUGGACUACGCUUUGGAGUCUGGAGGUGGCAGUAUCCUCAGCACACGUUGUUCUGAGACAUACGAGACAAAAACAGCACUGAUGAGCCUGUUUGGAAUCCCACUGUGGUACUUCUCACAGUCACCACGUGUCGUAAUCCAGCCGGACAUGUACCCAGGAAACUGCUGGGCGUUUAAAGGCUCCCAAGGUUAUCUGGUAAUCAGGCUCUCUUUAAGCGUGAUCCCGACAUCCUUCUGCCUGGAGCAUAUUCCCAAAAGCCUCUCUCCCUCUGGAAACAUCAGCAGCGCACCACGCAGAUUCUCUGUUUAUGGAUUGGAUGAUGAAUACCAGGAGGAAGGGAAACUGCUGGGUGACUACACCUAUCAAGAAGAUGGAGAAUCACUCCAGAUCUUCCCAGUUAUGGAGAAGAACGACAGGGCCUUUCAGAUCAUUGAGAUGCGAGUGCUGUCGAACUGGGGUCAUCCCGAAUACACUUGCCUGUAUCGCUUCAGAGUUCACGGCAAACCUCACACUCCGUAACCAGGCCCCGCUGUACAUUACUAUAUAACCCUUUAUGUACAUACAGGAAAUGCUCGGACACUGAUGCACCAUUGACAGAACUGGGCUUGCAAGCUACAUUUUUAAGACUUUAAUACGAAUGAUGGCCGAAACAGAGUUACGAGGAGCACAGCGGGAAAGAGCGAUGCGUUUAAGCUAAGGAUUCCCACUCAUUUCCUUCCCAAAUCCCUGUUCUUGCACUGAUUUAUGCCCUUUCAGCUGGGCCUUGUAUUAAGCUCCUGCCCCAUACGCUCUCACCCGUAGAGGUAUCUGUGCCUUCAGACAGAACACGCUUUUCUUAUUCUGUGUACAUUGUCUUUUUUUCCCCUUUGUUUUCUGAAUGUACAGAGAGGUGUGAAGUGCAGGACAAGCUCGUGUGAGUAUCCAAGCUUGACUUCAGCCUCGUCGACUAUUCACUGCCACUUUGAAUAGUCUGCAAAGCUAUAAGAGGAAGUGUUUGUUGGUUUUCAAAACAUUUACCACUGCUAAAUCUCACAAAACCUGAUGAGAAUAUGUCUGGGGCAUAUUUUAUCCCAAAAAUGAAUUCUGUUUUAGGGUUACUAUGAUUUAUUUGCAUUGUGACAUUAUCAUUAUUUUCUUAAAAACUAAGCAUUUUAUCUCCUAAAAUGAUAAUUAAGGGUAACUUUCUCAUUACUGUGAUGGGGGAAAAAAUAUUUAAAUAGUUUUUUUUUUUUGUUUUUUUUUUAAUAAUAGCAGUUGUACUGCUUUUCAUUUUUUUUUCCCCAUUUGAAAUUGCUAUAAUUGUAACAACAAAAAACAGUAAUGCAUAAAUAUUACAGGAUUUUAUAUAUAUAUAUAUAUAUAUAUAUAUAUAUAUAUAUAUAUAUAUAUAAAAUAUGUGUAUAUGUAUAAAUAUAAUAUUAUUUUAGUUUUGUUUUGUUUUUUUAAUUUUUAUUAAGCGAAUCCCAUUUUAGAGUUGCUAAGUUUUUUGUUUUUAGUUUUUUUGCAUUGUGACUUUUUGUUUUUUAAUUAUCAUUAAGAUGAACUUUCUCAUUACUAUAAUGGAAAAAAAUAUAUUUAUUUAAAUUGAUUUAAUUUUUUUUAAUGAUAGCAGUUGUACUGCUUUUUUUACCAUGAAAUUAGUUUUUAAUUAUAACAAAAAACAAUAAUGCAGAAAUAUUACAAUAUAUUACAAUAUUAUUU